AUGGAGCGAGAAUUUGAAGACAUUGAUUUUUCCGGAGGAUGGCAAAACAUUUAUAACGAAAUCCGUACCCAAGCCAGUGAAUAUCCCUACAAUGUAGCAAAACUCCCCGUGAAUCGAAAUCUGAAUCGCUACAGAGAUGUUAGUCCAUAUGAUCACAGUCGAGUGAAACUUGAAAACUCUGAAAAUGACUACAUCAAUGCAAGUUUAGUCACAGUGGAAGAAGCCCAUAGAACUUACAUUCUUUCUCAGGGGCCUUUAAGGAAUACAUGUGGUCACUUCUGGCUGAUGAUUUGGGAGCAGUGUUCCAAAGCUGUUAUAAUGCUGAACAGAAUAAUUGAAAAGGGAUCCGAAAAGUGUGCACAGUACUGGCCAACUACGGAGGAACUACAGAUGUCUUUUACUGACACAGGUUUUGUUGUUAGCCUACUUUCGGAGGAGGACCAUUCCUAUUUCACAAUCAGAGUGCUAAAAUUACAAAACGUAAAGACAGGGGAGUGGAGAUCAAUUUAUCACUUUCACUACACCGCAUGGCCGGAUUUCGGUGUUCCAGAAUCGCCUGCCUCCUUUCUGAACUUCCUAUUCAAGGUUCGAGAGUCUGGUUCACUGGGCACAGUUCAUGGGCCCUCAGUUGUGCACUGCAGUGCUGGUAUUGGGCGUUCAGGGACCUUUGCCUUGGUCGACACCUGCCUAGUCCUGAUGGAUAGAAGGAAUAACCCAUCCUCAGUGGACAUACAGAAGGUCCUUCUGGACAUGAGAGAAUACCGCAUGGGCCUUAUUCAGACUUCUGACCAAUUGCGCUUCUCCUACAUGGCUGUCAUCGAGGGAGCCAAACUCCUUGGGACCAACAGUUCCCUGAAUGUUUUGCCUGUGCAGAUGUGCGGAGAUUAUAUGGAGCCAGAUCUGCCUCCGCCUCCACCUCCACCCAGACCUCACUUAAACAACAGUAGACCUUCGCUGGAAUCUCAGGUCACCUCAAAAGACCAUAUGCCCUUGCUGGUAGAGAAGCCUCAGGAACAAGACCACAGCGAGGCAGAAAGCACUGGACACGUGAAGAAACGACACCGUGAAGAGAGGAUUGCGAGCACUUCACAGAAGGUUCAGCAGAUGAAACAGAGACUGACCGACUCGGAGAGAAAAAAAGAGAAGUGGCAGUACUGGAGACCCAUUUUGCUUAAUGUCGGCGCUGGUGCCGCGUUGGCUUUUGGUCUGCUGGUUUGCUGGAUGUACUCCCAGUGA